GACUAGGAAGGUUACUCGAGGCGGAAGAAUGCAUAUAGUGAAUCUCCUUUUGGAUCCUUGACGUAUUGACUAUCAGAGAUUUCCACCCUAUCGAAGAUGGAUAGACCCUCUGUGACACAGCGGCAUCUGUUUGCUGGCAGGGCGGGUCCAACCAUCGACACGGUUUAUCAGGUUGCACCACGGACAAGCCCAAUAUGACCCCUUCAGAGCCAAUGAUUGGAGUACACGCGCAGCCUCGUUUGCCCGGUCAAAGAUGAGGCCGAUGGCAGCCUUAAGGCUCGAGGUGGCAGGACGCCAUAUCAUGACGAACAUCAACUUUUCUCUCCCGGUGUCUGAGUCGGCCGAUUUCGACAGGCAAGAUGGAGAUGCGCAAUAUACCGAAGCCUGCGACCCCGGACUAUUACGCCGACCUAGGGGUGCCGCAGCACGCCAGCUCUUGGGACAUCAAGACAGCCUGGUUCCGUUUGGCGAAGCGAUUCCACCCUGACAAGAUAGCGCCGGGUCAGGCAGUUGAUGCUGAGGAAUUUCGCAGGAUUCGGGAAGCGUAUAACUGCCUGAAAGACCAAAGACGGCGGUCCCAAUACGAUGCAUACUAUUUUGAGAUCAAGGCACAGUGGGCUGUGUAUCGGGAACAGCAGGAACGUCUGCGUAGACAGGAAGAGCAGAAGCGGGCCGAAGAUGAAGCACGGCGGAGACGAGCAGCAGGACAGCGCGCCGCCAGGGAACGUGCGGAUGGCGAGAGGGCUCGGGGGAUGGAGGAGGCCGAGCGUAUUGCUAGGGAAGAAGCCGCACGCCAGAAGUUGAGGGAGGAACGAGAGAGGCGAGCUGAAGAACGGUCUCGAGACGCAGCCCGGAGGGCACGGGAGCAGCAAGAGCUAGCCGCUAGAGAGAGGCUUCGCCGGGAGGAAGAAGCGAAGCGUAAGGCGGCAGAAGCAAGGCAACGCGAGGAGCAAGCCAUCAGGCGUGAAGAAGAGCGAAAGAGGAGACUGGAGGAAGAGAUGAGACGCAAGGAGGAAGAGCAGAGAGAACUUGCCAGGCAGAGGAGGCAGCGGGAGGCAGCAAGACGAUCCGAAAAAGCAGCGAGAAAAGCUAGGGCGGAGCAGGACAAAGCGGCGCGGGAGCGACUGAAGAUGGCCCAAGUCCAGGAGAAACUAGACGAAUGGCGGCGUAACUGGUCCAGCCUGCGUGAGGCAGCUGAUCGCCUGGAGAACCAACACCAACCAGCCAAGCAAACCAUGAAUCCCGGCGGAUGUAGCCAUCAGGAUCCGUGGUGGGUGAAGAAGAAGGGGCGGACAGUCUGUGCCUUUUGCGGCGUCGCCCGACGUCAAUGGGCCCUCUACUGUCCUACAUGCCUUGUGGCUGCCUGUCCAGCCUGCAAGCAAAAGCAGUGUACUAAGACUUCAGAAAAGUCGCACUAGUAGGAAAGCAAGACAUGGAUUCUGCCAACGAUGAAGGAUCUCAUUUGUAGAAGAUGGCGAUGAGGUGUUGGGUAAAU